AUGGCUAGCAGAAAGAAGUGCUUGACUCUGGGAUUAACUGUAUUUUUGUGGGUUGGAUUAUAUGCUCAAAAUGAAGAGCAGAAUGUGACAUGCAGGUUGCUGCGCAAGUUUAAUUUGACUGGAUACGUAGAGGCUGCAAACCACUCCAUGGUUAUUGGAGGACUAUUUCCUAUUCACUCUAGAACCAUCCCAACAAAUGACUCUGAUGAGGAACCCGUAUCAGCCAUUGCCUCACAAAAGCUUUUCCUUUCCAGGUUUAACUUCCGGGGUUUCCGCUGGAUGAAAACCAUGAUCCACACCAUCAAGGAGAUUAAUGCGAGGAAAGACAUUUUGCCCAACCACACUCUGGGCUACCAGAUCUUUGACACCUGUUUUUCUGUCUCCAAAGCAAUGGAGACUGCUUUGGUAUUUCUUACAGGACAGGAAGAAAACAAGCCCAAUUUUAGAAACAGCACUGGAAAAUAUCUGGUAGGAAUUAUCGGAUCAGGAGGCUCAUCCUUGUCAGUUGCUGCUUCAAGAAUUCUGGGGUUGUAUUACAUGCCUCAGGUUGGUUAUACUUCUUCCUGCUCAAUUCUUAGUGACAAAUUCCAGUUUCCGUCUUUUUAUCGCUCAAUACCCAGUGAUAAGAUCCAGUCUGAGGCCAUGGUGAAUCUUAUCAAACACUUUGGUUGGGUCUGGGUAGGUGCUAUUGCAGCUGAUGACGAUUAUGGAAAAUAUGGAGUAAAAUCAUUUAGGGAAAAAAUGGAGAGUGCCAACCUCUGUGUUGCUUUCUCUGAAACCAUUCCAAAAGUCUACUCCAAUGAGAAAAUGCAAAAAGCUGUUAAGGCAGUAAAAAGUUCCACUGCCAAAGUCAUUGUGCUUUUUACAACUGACAUUGACCUCAGCCCCUUUGUGCUGGAAGUGGUUCAUCAUAACAUAACUGACAGGACAUGGAUAGCCAGUGAAGCCUGGAUUACCUCAGCUCUUGUUGCAAAACCUGAGUAUUUUCCUUAUUUUGGUGGAACCAUUGGAUUUGCAAUCCCGAGAAGUGUUAUACCAGGAUUAAAAGAAUUUCUUUAUGAUAUACACCCUAGCAAGGAUCCAAAGGAUGUCUUGACCAUUGAAUUCUGGCAAACUGCUUUUAACUGUACCUGGCCCAACAGCACUGUGCCUUACAACGUGGACCACAGAGUGAAUAUGACUGGUAAAGAAGACAGAUUAUAUGCUAUGUCUGAUCAGCUCUGCACCGGAGAGGAGAAGCUGGAGGAUCUGAAAAAUACCUAUCUAGAUACAUCUCAGCUGAGAAUUACAAACAAUGUCAAACAAGCUGUGUAUCUUAUGGCUUAUGCCCUGGAUCGUUUAAGCAAUUGUGACUUAUUGGAAGAAUAUAAUAAUAGUACAGCAUGUUCACAUAUACCUGACUUUGAGCCCAGGGAGAUGCUGCCUUACUUUAAGAAAUUGAAAAUUACUACCCAUGAUGGAACAGAAAUAGAACUUGAUAACAAUGGAGAUAUAGAAAAUGGAUAUUAUGAUAUCCUCAAUUGGCACAUGGGCAAUGCUGGAGAAGUUGCCUUUGUCAAGGUUGGAGAAUACAAAUUCACAAGUUCAAAAUAUGAACUUGUUCUUCCAAAGAACUCAUCAUUGUUUUGGAACACUGAAUCUUCAAUGCUUCCAGAUUCAGUCUGCACAAAACUGUGUGCUCCAGGGACUCGAAAGGGGGUUCGACAGGGACAACCCAUAUGCUGCUUUGAUUGCAUCCCAUGUGCUGAUGGAUAUGUGUCAGAGAAACAAGGUCAAAGGGAAUGUGAUCCAUGCAGUGAAGAUGACUGGUCCAAUGCAGAGAAGAGCAAGUGUGUACCAAAGCUUGUGGAAUUCCUCGCUUAUGAGGAGGCCCUGGGGUUCACCCUUGUCAUCCUUUCCAUAUUUGGGGCAAUUGUGGCCUUUGCAGUCACCAUUGUGUAUGUGAUACACAGACAUACUCCAUUGGUGAAAGCCAAUGACAGAGAGUUGAGCUUCCUCAUUCAGAUGUCUCUGGGAAUCAUAGUGCUAUCAUCUAUGUUGUUCAUAGGAAAGCCAUCCAACUGGACCUGCAUGGCCCGCCAGGUCACUCUGGCAUUGGGCUUUUGCCUUUGUCUGUCUUCCACUCUUGGAAAGACUAUUUCACUCUUCUUUGCCUACAGGAUUUCCAAAUCCAAAACCUGGCUUAUAUCCAUGCACCCUGUUUUUCGAAAAUUAAUUGUGCUAUUCUGUGUUGUAGGGGAGAGUGGUGUAUGUGCAGCUUACUUGGUGUUGGAGCCUCCAAGGAUGUUCAAGAACAUUGAAUCUCAAAAUGUAAAGAUCAUCUUUGAAUGUAAUGAAGGGUCUAUAGAGUUUCUGUGUGCUAUAUUUGGGUUUGAUGUUUUUCUGGCUCUGCUGUGUUUCCUUACAACCUUUGUGGCUCGCAAGCUGCCAGAUAACUAUUAUGAAGGGAAAUGUAUCACUUUUGGGAUGCUGGUCUUUUUCAUUGUCUGGAUCUCUUUUGUCCCUGCUUACUUGAGCACCAAAGGCAAAUUCAAAGUAGCUGUGGAAAUAUUUGCCAUUUUGGCAUCCAGCUAUGGCUUGUUAGGCUGUCUAUUUCUUCCCAAGUGUUUCAUUAUUUUGCUGAGGCCAAAGAGGAACACGGAUGAAACUGUUGGUGGAAGAGUCCCCACUGUUGACAGGAGCAUCCAGCUGACCUCAGCCUCUGUGAGCAGUGAGCUUAACAGCACAACAGUGUCAACUGUUCUGGAUGAGUAGAGCUGUGAGCUCCAUGUGACAUACAAGGAUGCCACCUUGGAUGACACCCUGACUCAACCUUCCCUUUUAUGUUUCAUCUGAAGCAGCUGGUGAUAUUCUAGGGUAAUAUUGGUUGUGGCUAUGCUGGUGUAAGGUUAACCUGCUCAAUAAUAUUUUGUUCUGUGACAUGCCAUUCAGCAUAGAUUGCAAUGACACAUAUAAUUUAAAUUGGAAACCGUAUCUUUUGGACUUUAAAGUAGAGGGUAUAAAUAAACAUGA